UCAAUUUCCCCAAACUUGACUUUACAGUUCCUUGUUUCCCCUUCAAGUUAUCCCUUUAACUCCUUUACGUUUUUCUUUCUCAUGCUGUAAAACUCCUCUUUUAAGUCAGUCUCACAGUGCUCCAUAAAAACAACAUAUGUUCAUCGUUUGUUUUCCACACUUGUUCUAGUUUUUUAAGUUUUACUGUAUAAGAAAAGAUCGUAUGGGGAACUGUCAAGCUGCUGAGGCAGCCACCGUGGUGAUUCAACACCCAGGGAACAAGAUCGAGAGGGUUUACUGGUCGGUUAGUGCUAAUGAAAUCAUGGGUUCGAAUCCGGGUCAUUACGUUGCACUCGUGGUCACCUCGCCCACUUUAAAAAACGAAAAUGGUACGCCGGUGAAGCAGCUCAAGCUCUUGAAACCGAAUGAUACUUUGUUAAUCGGCCAUGUUUACUGGCUCGUCAGCUUCGAAGAUGUUUUGAAAGAAUUUGCAGCAAAGAAGUGCGUGAAACUCGGGAAACUGUUGAAAGAAAACGGAGGGCUUGGACUUGGGAUGGAGUUGAACAGAAAGGUUUUGCCCACAUAUGCUUCCAGUAUGAACCCAAAACUUAACUCCAAAUCUGACCACAGCAGUGAUGUUCAGGUGGAGCAGGAAGUUAAUAGACCGGGAAGCAGCGGCAGCAGUAGGUACAUGGGCAGACAUCAUGGCGGUGGUAGUGGUGGCGGGCAAUGGAGGCCAGCCUUGAUGAGCAUUGCAGAGAUUGGAAUUUGAAAUGCAGUGUAGUUGCAUAUUGCAUGCUUCUUCCUUUUCUUCUUCUUCUUCCUCUCCUCCCGUAUCUCC